AUGGACGGAUUCCUCCCAGGUCUGCGGAAGGCUCGGGUUGUUCCAGCCGGCUGGCGGUGGAAGAUGCCGGGAUGGAGUUCCUGCUUGAUGCCAUCGACCAGUUCCCGCUCUCGGUACGAGUUCGCGGACAGCUUGGAACAUCCAGAUCCGGUUCCUCUGGCGGUGCUGCCGCGGCGUGAUACCUCCCCUGUUACCCCGGCGGAUUCAAUGCUGGCUCCGGGCUUACCAUCUAUGGUUCUUUACUGUAAAUUCAGAUUACGCGUCGGGAGUGCACCACAAGACAGAACGCCAGGUCCAUCCAAGACGAGUGCGUUGGAGCAGUCAAUUCACAAGUACGCAGAGGAACCAAUGGAAAGUGUGCUGGAAAUUGGUUUCGGGAUAAGAAUGAAGUGGGCAAAACCAGACUUGAAAGGUGUUCUCUGCGCCAAGAUGACAAACACACAAUGCAGCGAGAGCGCGGAUCGCAUGUUGAAGACAUCUCCUGCUAGCCCGAUGCACAUUUUCGUUAGGCAGUACAUGAGGUUGCAGAUUGACUAUGAGCGUGAGGAAAGCUAUAAGGAGAAGAGGACCAUGAUUGUAAAUUCCCAAUUCUUCGUCAUAUGGUGUCCAAAGCUGAAUUUGUUGUUAAGAGAUUUAGCUGUUAGUUUGAAAUUGAGGUCGGAGAAGACACAGUUUGAACACCUUGUUCUCCUGGCAUGGAUCGUGGAUCCUUUUUUAGUGAGUAGCGCACCAUUAGCAGAGAAGAGGAAUGGUUUGGGUUUCGAGGACCGCUUGGCAAACUUGCCUGCUGGGAGAUUGCCUGGAAAUGGAGAGGUUGCCUUUGUUGGUGGCAACGAUGUUGACCAUAGGGACUAG